AUGGCAGACGAGGGUUACACGCGAGACGAUGAAAAUAUUGAGGAGGAAGAGGUUGACGAGACAAGCUUUCGCGCUGUCAAGGAUGCCGUACUCUUUGCGAUUGAUGUGAGCAGCUCGAUGCUGAAGCCCCGUCUCUCUGAAGAUCCCAAGAAACCAGGCCAGGAAUCACCUACAUCCGCAGCUCUCAAGUGCGCGUACCAUUUGAUGCAGCAGCGCAUCAUAUCAAACCCCCAUGACAUGAUCGGAGUCUUGCUCUACGGCACCGAGUCUUCCAAGUUCUACGAUGAAGAUGGAGAACGUGGUGGUGACAUUUCAUACCCGCAUUGUCACCUCUUUACCGAUCUCGAUAUUCCAUCAUCCGAGGAAGUCAAGGAAUUGCGAGCCCUGGCAGAGGACGCGGAGGAGGCUCGGAAGGUCUUGGUACCAUCGAAGGAACGUGUCUCCAUGGCGAACGUGCUCUUUUGUGCCAAUCAGAUUUUCACCUCCAAGGCACCGAACUUCCUCUCGAGACGUCUGUUCAUUGUGACUGAUGAUGAUAAUCCACAUGGGGACAGCAAGUCUCUAAGAUCUGCAGCCACCGUCCGUGCCAGGGAUCUGUACGAUCUGGGUGUAAACAUCGAGCUAUUCCCAAUCUCCCGCCCUGAUCACGAAUUCGAUACAUCUAAAUUCUACGACGACAUCAUCUACAAGACUUCACCAAGUGACGGGGAAGCCCCCGCAUAUCUGCAGCCAGACACAAACACUUCGACCGCCAAAGGAGACGGUAUUUCAUUGCUCAACUCUCUAUUGUCAAGCAUCAAUUCCAGAUCUGUGCCGAGACGGUCGCUUUUCUCCAAUGUUCCUCUGGAGAUUGGGCCCAACUUUAAGAUCUCUGUCAACGGAUAUCUUUUGCUGAAGCGCCAGGAGCCGGCACGCAGUUGCUAUGUCUGGCUCGGAGGAGAGACGCCCCAGAUUGUUAAAGGCAUUACCACUCAAAUGGCCGACGAUACGGCUCAGACAGUGGAAAAGACGGAAAUCCGCAAAGCUUACAAAUUUGGAGGUGAACAGGUCGCGUUUACUCCCGAAGAACUGCACGCGUUGAGAAACUUUGGAGACCCCGUGAUCCGUAUUAUCGGGUUCAAGCCAUUGUCUUCUUUGCCAAUCUGGGCCAAUGUCAAGCACCCUUCCUUCAUUUAUCCCUCCGAGGAAGACUACGUCGGAUCCACGCGUGUGUUUUCAGCGCUGCAGCAGAAACUCCUUAAAGACCAGAAAAUGGCCUUGGUGUGGUUCAUCCCUCGCAAGAAUGCCGCACCAGUGGUAGCAGCAAUGAUUGCCGGCGAGGAGAAGAUCGACGAAAAUGGUGUGCAGAAGGUCCCACCGGGCAUGUGGAUCAUUCCUCUUCCCUUCGCAGAUGAUGUGCGACAAAAUCCAGAGUCCACUAUGAAUGUAUCCCCGGACGCUUUGACCGAUGCAAUGCGCGAAAUUAUCGGACAACUACAACUUCCAAAGGGUGUUUAUGAGCCCUUGAAGUAUCCAAAUCCAGCACUUCAAUGGCAUUACCGCAUCUUACAAGCACUGGCUCUGGACGAGGAUCACCCAGGAGAGCCGGAGGACAAGACCAAACCAAAGUACCGACAAAUCGAUAAGCGUGCUGGUGACUAUGUUCUUGCGUGGUCUGAGCAACUUGAUGCCGCUUUCGACAAGAUGUUUGGUGGCACCGCCGCUACAAAAUCAACCUUGGUGAAGAGAGGUCCGAAGGACAGUGCAGACAGUGCUGGAGGCCCAUCAGCGAAGCGGGUGAAGACCGAAGGCGGCGCUGGAGGGGUUGACGAGGAAGUUAAGCGAUGCUAUGAGAAGGGAACGGUAUCGAAGCUCACUUUGCCCGUUCUGAAAGAGUUCCUGACUGCUCAUGGCCGGUCCGCGGCUGGUAAGAAGGCCGACCUUGUUGACCGAGUGGAGCAAUUCUUCGAGACCAACUGA